AUUCCAGCAUUUCACUCGUCACAGUGAUGGGUGAGAUGCCUUUCAUAUUGGCAUAAGACACCGAACGGAUGCCUCCCCUUAUGUUAUCAAACAGAGACUCGGCGAGUGAAUCUACCCAGAGCUGGAGCUUCCUUUGCAGCUUGGGAACACCAGUGCCACCGUUCCUCUGAGGCUUGGCUUUAGAUAAUUUUGAUUAUGACUGUAGAACCUGGCAGCUCAGAAUCCAUGAAAAGGAGAGUUGGGCGGAGAAUGAAGAAGAUGAGCAACAUUUACGAGUCGGCUGCCAACACGCUGGGAAUCUUCAACAGCCCCUGCCUGACCAAAGUGGAGCUGCGUGUGGCAUGCAAAGGAAUUUCCGACAGAGAUGCCCUUUCCAAACCAGACCCCUGUGUCAUCCUCAAGAUGCAGUCUCACGGGCAGUGGUUUGAGGUUGACAGGACAGAGGUGAUUCGCACCUGCAUAAACCCAGUGUACUCAAAACUGUUUACAGUGGACUUUUACUUUGAAGAGGUGCAGCGCCUGCGAUUUGAAGUCCACGACAUCAGCAGCAACCACAAUGGGCUGAAAGAGGCUGACUUCCUGGGUGGCAUGGAGUGCACACUUGGCCAGAUUGUUUCCCAGAGAAAGCUGUCUAAAUCCUUGCUGAAGCAUGGGAACACAGCAGGGAAAUCCUCCAUCACGGUGAUUGCUGAAGAAUUAUCUGGAAAUGACGACUACGUUGAGCUUGCAUUCAAUGCACGAAAAUUGGAUGACAAGGAUUUCUUCAGCAAAUCUGACCCAUUUCUGGAAAUUUUUCGUAUGAAUGAUGAUGCAACUCAGCAGCUGGUGCACCGAACUGAGGUUGUGAUGAAUAACUUAAGCCCAGCCUGGAAAUCAUUCAAAGUAUCAGUAAAUUCUCUAUGCAGCGGAGACCCAGACCGCCGGCUGAAGUGCAUAGUAUGGGACUGGGACUCCAAUGGCAAACAUGACUUCAUUGGAGAAUUCACCUCCACAUUCAAGGAGAUGAGAGGAGCAUUGGAAGGGAAACAGGUGCAGUGGGAGUGCAUCAACCCCAAGUACAAAGCCAAGAAGAAGAAUUAUAAGAACUCAGGCAUUGUGAUUUUGAAUCAGUGUAAGAUCCACAAGAUGCACUCUUUCUUGGACUACAUCAUGGGUGGCUGCCAAAUCCAGUUUACAGUAGCUAUAGAUUUCACUGCCUCAAAUGGAGACCCCAGGAAUAGCUGUUCCCUGCACUACAUCCACCCUUACCAACCCAAUGAGUACCUGAAGGCCUUGGUAGCUGUGGGGGAGAUUUGCCAAGACUAUGACAGUGACAAGAUGUUCCCAGCCUUUGGGUUUGGUGCCAGGAUACCCCCAGAGUACACGGUCUCUCAUGACUUUGCAAUCAACUUUAAUGAAGACAACCCAGAAUGUGCAGGAAUUCAAGGAGUUGUGGAAGCCUAUCAGAGCUGCCUUCCGAAGCUCCAACUCUACGGUCCCACCAACAUUGCCCCCAUCAUUCAGAAGGUUGCCAAGUCAGCCUCGGAGGAGACUAACACCAAGGAGGCCUCGCAAUACUUCAUCCUACUGAUCCUGACAGAUGGUGUCAUCACAGACAUGGCCGACACCCGGGAGGCCAUUGUCCACGCCUCCCACCUCCCCAUGUCAGUCAUCAUCGUGGGAGUGGGGAAUGCUGACUUCAGUGACAUGCAGAUGCUGGACGGUGACGACGGGAUUCUGAGGUCACCCAAAGGAGAGCCUGUCCUUCGAGACAUCGUGCAGUUUGUGCCCUUCAGGAACUUCAAACACGCAUCUCCAGCUGCCCUGGCAAAGAGCGUGUUGGCCGAAGUCCCAAACCAAGUCGUGGACUAUUAUAACGGCAAAGGGAUUAAACCAAAAUGUUCAUCAGAAAUGUAUGAGUCUUCCAGGACACUAGCGCCAUGAACUCCACACACUUUUACGGAGUUCUGAAAUACUAUUCCUGCUAAUAUUUAAUACUUCUACUACUUCCGUACUUAAAAAAAAAACAAAACACGUAUACAUUUAAAAAUAGCACGUUUUCGUGAUUUUUAACUACAAUUUUUUUUGCAUGUGUAGCCCCAGGGCCUGGAUCUGUUAAGCCCUUGUAUUGUUAAUGACUUUUUACAAAGAAACACAAAUAAUAAUAACUUAUUCUUUACAUUACAGCAUGUCGCCUUGAAAUAAAAUGGUAUCUGUAUCCAUUUUUUAUACAGGUUUGUUGAAAUUUUGCUAAAUUUCUUAUUAUCUUUACACUAUAAAGCAUUUUGAAACAUUUAUUGGAUGUUGAUAGCCAAAACUUAUUUGGUUUUAUCUGCUACAAGAUGAGAGACUUUUGAAAAUGGCAGAUGCAUGGACUGUAUUUUGCAUGUUUAAAAUAAAAAACAAUCCACACUGUUUUUGCAGUUGUUAUCUAUAAUUCCUCCCUGCUAAGAAUGGUCUCUCUACUAAAGAAGAGGUUUAUUCACCUAGAGAUAGUCUUUUUGAAGUAGGUCUGGGGCAUGUAGCCCAGCACCUCUCAGACUUUACUGCGCACACAAACCAUCAGAGAGUCUUGUUAUAAUUCAGAUUUUGCUGCAGUAGGUCUGUGUGGGGCCCAAGAUUUUGCAUCUCUAACAAAGUCCCAGGUGAUGCUAAUGCAGGCCUUGGACUGCACUAAGAGUGGUGAGGUUCUAGACUUUAGUGUGUCAUACUAGAGACCAUCUGAAACAAGGCAGCUCCUACUCUGCUUGAGAAUGGCAUCUCUUCCCUGCCAGUAGUGUAAAGGUCCUGCCUGUCUCAGAGGUGAGAGUAGAAAGUAAUGAGACUGAUUCCAGAAGCUGCACACCCCAAAUCAGUCUCACUGCUUUAUAGUCACACCUCUUCCUUAAAUAAGACUAGAGAGUGCUCCUCCUGGCUGGCCCCUGCCCUCUUAAAGGGGAUAUCACACACCAUCACAUGGAUGGUUCCAUUUUUAUGUCAACCCCUAGGAAUGACCUCAAAGAGUCUUCACUGGGACCACAACAAUGGAACUUGUCCAUAGCCAGUGGCCAUGCAGUAUGGCUCCCCAGAUAUCUGGUCCACCAAGUUGACCUCUGAGCUUGGUGUGGGGCUUCUUUUUGCCUUUUUGUAAUCACCCUGAGAGCAAACUCUAUAAGCAGAAAUGCCUGGAAUCAUUGCUUUGGGUGGAGGUGUUUUGUUUCAAUAUAAGCUGGUCAGUCUUGAACCAAAACAAUGAAUGUUUCACUUGUAUGAUCUUCUCACAGAGAAAUAGACAAGUGUUUGUAAGCAUAAAAGGCCCAAAGUGGAACUUAUUUUUGGUCAGAGAGAUGGGGAAGUAAAUCAUAAGACAAAAUAAAUCUAUUUGUUGUCUAUUUGUUAGGGGGGCAGUAUUAACAAGCAAAUCAAAUGCUUCGUAUGAUUUCCAGAGUUAUAAUUAUAGAUCCUAAUCUUGCAAAUACAUGUCAACCAAAUGCACAACAUUUUGGGAAUGAUGGUAAAAAUGUAUGACUGAAAAACUAAUAAAUAUUUAAACUGUAUUGUUUUAUGAAUAAAUUGGUUACUUACUGCAUUUUU